UUUAAAUAUUUUCGUUCAGGCAAUACAUAUGACAACACUGAUAAUGGGACGACUGUUGUAGUAUGGCAUAUCGUUGUGACGUUGGUGUCUGGAUUUAUUCUUGGCAUUCUCUUUUCCUACAUUGCCUCGUGUUCUCGUCGUCGUUGGUUUAGCAACAGAAAACCUGAACGAAACCCUGAACCAAAAACAACUGAAGUUGAUACAACUUAUCAAGAGCUUGAUCUUUCAAAAAUGAACACAGAAGAUAAUUAUCAAUCGUUGAGCGUGAAUGCUGCAAGCAAUGACGUUGCAAAUGACGAUGACUCUACUUACACGCAGUUGAGCAAAAGCAGAGAUGUGGAGGACAACUACCAAUCUUUAACUUGA